AUGUCCACUUGCAACAUCCGGCCGCUAUCGCGGACGCUACCAACCUCAACGCGUCCAAAGCUCGUGUCGUCUAUCCGCACCCGCUUUCACACACCUGCAUCAUGUCGUGGCAAGGCGACUAAGGCCCCAAGCAGUAAAGGAGCCGCGACCGGUACCUCGCAGGUCUCUCAAGUGGAGAAAGAGACUCUUCCGUGGCAGGAGUACUUGGCUAUACGCAAGCGGAAGAGAAGAUGGGAGACAGCAGUGACUAUUCCUACUACAGUCGCUGGGUUCGUGGGCGGAAUCUCCUACUUCGGAAACCUGGAAAUGGACCCUAAUAAGCCUAUCUUCAAUGUUGACCCCAUGUUCGUCUAUGGCGCUGCAACCCUAGGAUGUGCAGGCUUAGGAUAUCUCAUCGGCCCUGUGAUUGGGUCGAGCAUCUGGCGACUGACCCAUCGCCGCCUCAUGCGACUCAUCGAGAAGCGCGACAAGGAAUUCCACCAGCAUAUAGUCAAGAACCGAGUGGAUCCCACUCGCCAGAGCGCGACCAAUCCUGUUCCUGACUAUUACGGAGAGAAAAUUGGGUCCUUGCACGACUAUAGGCAGUGGCUGAGGGACCAGGCGAAGUUCCGUCGAAAAGCCGCUAGUUUCCUCGCAGAGGAUUGAGAUCAGACACCCUACAUCUCGUAACAUACCGCUCAUUAUC